GCCCCUUCCGUCUCCCACUUCUUCCGGUCGGGGGAAACAGGAGUGAUCCGGGGCGUUCGUCGCCAGGGCAACGUUGCCGGACGGGUGAAGCACGAUACCGUGUUUUGAUAGCUUGAACUGAGAAUCUGACCUUGUGAAGAAGAUGGUGAAUGUUUUGAAAGGGAUACUUAUAGAAUGUGACCCAGCCAUGAAGCAGUUCCUGCUGUACCUGGAUGAAUCAAAUGCCCUGGGAAAGAAGUUCAUCAUACAAGACUUAGAUGAGACUCAUGUCUUUGUGUUGGCUGAAAUGGUUAACUUCUUGCAAGAGAGAGUGGGAGAAUUAAUGGACCAGAACUCUUUUCCUAUUACACAGAAAUGAAAAAUGAGGCUGGAUAUGGAUACACAUCGAAUUGAAAGCCUGUAAAUUUUUCUGUGAAUUAAUUUAAGGCAGAUUGAAUAAUAUUCACUAUGAGAAGUGAGCUACAUACAUAUCAAGAAUUGUCUUUUAUUGUUUUCAGUUUCAUCCUGUCUUAAAACAGCAAUUGUGCUAACAGCUCAUUUUGUUUGCUAGUGCAAAUUACUGUAGAAUUUGGGAUUCUUUAGGGUGUUGUUUGUAGAGGUGAAUGCAAUAUUAAUACUGAUAUUCAGUUUCUCUCUGUAAUAUUCCCUCAUAGAGAAAGCUACCUUAAAAUACAGUAUGUACAUUUUAAAAUAUGAAGUUGUUUUUUUUAUAAUUCCAAGGAAGACUGUUAAAUUUUGUAAUUUGAAUACUCUUGCAAAAGCAUAGUCCUCCCAUUACAACCACAACUGAGCCCAAAAUUUCAGUUCUAAGUGAGACAGGUAAAUGAUUUUUGUCUCAUUUAACUAUCCUUCUUGCCACAGCUGCUAAGUGAAUCAUUGCAGUUGUUAAGUUGGUAACAUAAUUGUUAAGUGAAUCCACCUCCCAUUGAUUUUCUUUAUCAGGUCAAAACAUGUGAUCACAUGACCCCAGGACAUUGCAACCAUCAUAUGAAAGUCAUCAAGGAUCUGAAUUUUGAUCACAUGACUAUGGGGAUGCUGCAAGGGUCAUAAGUAUGAAAAAUGGUUCUAAGUCACUACUUUCAGUGUCAUCGUAACUUUGAACGGUUCCUAAACAAAUUCUUGUAAUUUGAGGACCACCUGUACAUUAAUAAUGUGCAGACUACAUGGUGCUGAAUAGAAUUGUUUCAUAGCCUAGUUGUUUUUAAUUCACAGUAAUAAAUUUCACUAGGUUCACUCUUAAAUUAACAUGUAUAGGAUUCCGUUUAUUCAAUUUAGGCACUGUCCCAUUUCAAAUUGGUUCUGAUAAAACAAGACACAGUAAAUAAUAUAAUAAAGAUAAAGACAAAAAAAAUGACAAAUCUAAACAAUAACCCAUAAACAUAAACAUAGCCAAUGGGCCCCACAUCACUUAGCCCAAGGCCUGGAGAACAAAAGAUGUAAACAGAAUGGAAGCAACACAAACCUCCAGGAAAAGCUGAUUCCAGGAUGGCAGCUAAAAUAUCAUUUUGAGCUGAGCUUUAUUUUUAAGUUUUAAUUAAAUAGUAAAACUUUAUACGGUAAAACUUUAAAUAGUAAAAUUUCAAUUAUUUCCUGUUUAACAUUUUAUUUUAUUACUGUAAACCAUCUUGAAUAAAAAUGAUUUUAAAACAUUCA